AUGGCUUUCACGAGUAUUCCAUGUUCCGGGCUACAUAAAUCUUUAAAGGAAAGGGAUAUUCACAAUUCCAUAAACGAAUCAAGUAUCAGCUUGCAGUACCAAUGUAAGGAUUUGGAACUUGCACUUACAGCCAAAUAUGGCAUUGGCGGGGAAGAAAGAAUGGAGGUUGACAAUGAACCUGCUGAACAACGUCCACAUGAAUUACAUCUGAGAAUGAAUGACACACAGGAGAGCCGAUUUUCUGAUGAAGUUUAUCAAAGGAUUCGGGAUGAUGUUAAAGGGACAAUGGGUUUUCUAGAAAAGUUUAUGACCUCACCUGGGGUUAUCAUGAAAACUGUCAGGUGUAUCAGUGGUAAACUUUUAGAGAAGGAUAUCCAUGGUAUUCAUUUGGUUCCUGAAAAUGAAGAACUUUCAAUAACGAAAGUGGAUGAACAUGGAGGUACAUUAGCCUUCAGCUUCAAGAGUGACCCUGCAAGUGACAUAACCUCUGUUUCUGAAUAUGAACAAAUCAACAAUUUUGUUGGUGUUCAUCCAAAGAAAUUCUGGCUGACAAGUGUCCUGUGGCUGCUUUCAGAAUUGGCUGUGAAUAAGUUUGGUAAGGGAAGAUAG